GGUUGCUAGCACAUAGGCAUUAAUUGAUUAGCCUGGGUGCAUGGACUUCUCAAAGGAAGUACAAAAGCUUCAGAGAGAUGACAGACACUUCCUGAGUUUGGAUACAUUAGCUCAUAUAUAAUGAGGCUGCUCUUAGACUCCGUCCUCUUCUGUCCGUGCUCUCCCUCCUCUGCGCUUGUCAUGGCAGGUGAAAUAGUUUAUGCUGAUUUAAACAUUUUGGGAGCCUCUUCCAACCCAUUGCAUCCACCUCGGCACCUCAAUCACACUCAGUGUCCCCGCUGGCAUCGACUCGCUGCAGGGCUUGGAGCAGCUGGGAUCCUCAUCCUGCUGGGAGCUGUGAUAGCCAUGGGCGUUUGGGAGGGAUCAGGGUGCAAGCUCUGCCCCCCAAACUGGCUGCUGCGCAGGGACAAGUGCUACUGGGUGUCUAAGGAAAAAAAUCCCUGGGACAAGAGCCGCGAUGACUGUUCAAGGAGGAGCUCUCGGCUGCUGGUGAUCCGGGACCAGGAUGAGAUGACUUUCAUUCAAAAUACUUCCAAAGACACAAACCAGCUCUGGCUUGGACUCACUGUUACAUCCCCUGCGAGGAAUUGGACUUGGGUGGACGGCUCCGUGUUCAAUCCAACACUGUUCAAUGUAAAGGAUCCUGCUGAAGAAAAGAACAGCUGUGGGAUGAUAAAAGCAGAUAGAAUUCAUUUUGAAACCUGCAGUGCUGCAUCUAAAUGGAUUUGUGAAAAAGAUGCUCUCCUGAUAUAG